AUGGGCAAAGAAACUCCCCUCGUCUCCUCGCGACGACUCUCCAAUGCUGAAGGGGAUCCCGUCGCUGUUGUUCGCGUGCGAAAUCUUCAAACGACUAUCCAGGGACCGAAGGAUGCUUGGGGGCGAGGCUCGAAGCAGCAGCCCUUGCUUAUAUCCGCUGAGGUCUCACUGACACAUGCGUUCCCCUCAUCGUCAUCAGACGACAAGGUUGCUUCUGACACGGUUCACUAUGGUCUUCUGAGUAAAUCCAUUCUCAGCACCUUGGACAAGUUACCAAAGUCGGCUCUGUCGUUGAGUGACGUCCUGAACAGGCUGUGGGUUGACCUUACUGGUCAUCAAUACACUGGUGUGAAGGAUGCUUCUGCUGAGCAGACAAAGGCUUUCCUCGAUACUAGCCUCAUCCGACGUCUAUCAGUCUCUUUGGUUCUUCCCAAGGCCUCGUUGAUGGGCAGUGCUAUCAGACUUUCUGGGUCUUGUCUCUUUGCCGACUCAGCCAUUACCGCACGAAGCUUGGAACUGGGUUUGGAAGGAAUCCGAGUGCCUACACUCAUUGGAGUCAACAGCAAUGAGCGAAACGCUAAGCAAGUUGUUAUCACAAACAUUCGAAUCGACGAGUACCAAACAGCGCAUGAUGACUACGCUGUGAUCGAGAGCAUCAUCGUGGAUGCUAUGUCAGAAUCAUCAUUCGAAACCCUGGAGGCUUUGGCGGCCAGCCUGGCCUUCCAUAUCGCCAGAGAACUGAGAACGAAGAGGGAUGACUUCUACGGAGAGAUCAUCCGUAUUGGUCUCGAGAAGCCCACAGCCGUGCCACUUGCGGAAGCCGCCUGCGUCGAGCUGACGGUUAGAACUGAGGACGUCAAGAUCGAGGUGUCCAAGACCAAGGACGUGAGAUUCGACGAUACCAGAAACAAGGUCGCAAAUGCCAAAGACAGCGGUGCCGGCAAGUCCUAA